AUGCCAACAGAACUUGAAGAGCUUGUAGGGUUUUUGGGAUCUCCGCGACCGGAAAUCAGACAAAUAGCGCUUGAGAACUUAGUCGGAUACAGCAAAGGCCCUCAGUCUGCAAUUUUUAAACCAGAGGGUCUCGCGCCAAUCAAAAACCUUAAACUUCUUGUCGGCGAUGUCUCAGCACGAGCAGUCCAUGCCUUAAAGAUAUUAAUAAAUAUCUCCGAUGACGCAGCUGUGCUCAAGGACAUCGCAAACGAUGAUCUCUUCCUUGAACUGUUGCUCUCAAAGAUCACAGACUCGGAAAACGCACAUGCAGACCUAAUCGCGAUGCUCCUAGCAAAUAUGGCGAAGAGCGACUCAAUUCAACGAAUUUUGGACCUAAAGCGCGCUGUCCCGGGGAAGGGAGUUAGCGACAGCCCUAAUACCCUCGAUCAACUUAUGGACUGCUUCGUAAAGGGCGCAGAGAAGAAGCUUAACAAGAAUGCCGACUUCGACUAUCUAGCUUACUUCUUUGCGGACUUGAGUAGACUGCCACAGGGUAGAAAAUACUUUAUCGCGAGACAGGCAUAUGAUGGUGUCAUUCCAAUCUCAAAAUUGGUUGUGUUCACGGAACACCAUAGUACCAUUAGGAGGAAGGGUGUUGCAUCUACUAUCAAGAACUCGUGCUUCGAUAUACCUUCACACACUGCUUUCUUGAGUGAGGAUGAGGUGAACCUUUUGCCGUAUAUCUUACUACCACUAUGUGGACCCGAAGAGUUCCCUGAAAAAGAAAUGCUGGAAAUGCCGGCUGAUCUUCAGAUGCUUCCUCCAGACAAGAAGCGUGACACUGACAUGUCAAUUCUUGUUACACACAUUGAAACACUUUUGAUUCUCACCACCACAAGACCAGCACGAGAAUACAUAAGAAAGGUCAACGUCUAUACAGUAAUCAAGGAGUGCCAUAUGGCGGUUGACGACGAUGAUGUUCAGGAUGCAUGUGACAGACUUGUCCAAGUCCUGAUGAGAGAUGAGGCCGAUGGUGAUGAGGGUGGGUUCGUGCAGACGGCGGAAGGUGACGAGGAAGAUGAAGACGAUGAUAAAAUAGUUGAGAUAUUGUGA